AUGCGUUCCACCAUCGCUAUCACCGCCGCCCUCGUCGCCGCGUCCGCCGCUCCCUCGCUCGCGCUCCCCAUCGCACCCGCGAGCGGUAGCGAGGCAGUCAACUGGAAGAAGGUCGGCAGCGUCGCGGGAGAUGUUGGCAAGGUUGCCCUCCACUUCCUUCGCGAGGAGGACCCCAUCGUCGCUCGUGCGUUCGAGGACGAGCUGCUGGCCCGCGCCGCGCCCGCGGGCUCCGAAGCCGUCAACUGGAAGAAGGUCGGCUCUGUCGCUGGAGAUGUAGGAAAGACCCUGCUGCACUUCCUCCGCGAGGCGGACCCGGUCGUGACGCGCGCUGACGGGAGCGAGGCUAUCAACUGGCACAAUAUCGGGAACGACUUCAAGCAGUUCGGCGAGGGCGUCAUCAGCCGUGCCGAGCCCGCAGGCAGCGAGGCUGUGAACUGGAAGAAGGUUGGCGGCAUUGCGGGUGACGUUGGCAAGGUUGCGCUCCACUUCCUCCGCGACGACGGUAGCCAGGCGAUCAACUGGCACAACAUCGGUCACGACGUCGAGCAGUUCGGCGAGGGUGUGGUCGGCCGUGCGGAUGCGGGCAGCGAGGCCGUGAACUGGAAGAAAGUCGGCGGCGUUGCAGGCGACAUUGGCAAGGUUGCCCUCCACUUCCUGCGCGAGGAGGACCCCAUCGUCGCCCGUGCGUUCGAGGACGAGCUGUUGGCGCGUGCUGCCCCUGCUGGCAGCGAAGCCGUCAACUGGAAGAAGGUCGGCAGCGUUGCGGGAGAUGUUGGAAAGACGCUCCUCCACUUCCUUCGCGAGGAGGACCCCAUCGUCGCCCGUGCGUUCGAGGAGGAGCUCAUGGCGCGCGUUGACGGGAGCGAGGCUAUCAACUGGCACAACAUCGGGAACGACUUCAAGCAGUUCGGCGAGGGCGUCAUUAGCCGUGCCGAGCCCGCAGGCAGCGAGGCUGUGAACUGGAAGAAGGUCGGUUCUGUUGCGGGGGACGUCGGGAAGACGCUCCUCCACUUCCUUCGCGAGGAGGAUCCCAUCGUCGCCCGUGCGUUCGAAAACGAGCUCAUGGCGCGCGCCGACGGAAGCGAGGCUAUCAACUGGCACACCGUGGGUCACGACGCCGAGCAGUUCGGCGAGGGCGUCUUCGGACGUGCGGAUGCGGGCAGCGAGGCCAUCAACUGGAAGAAGAUCGGCGGCAUUGCAGGUGACGUUGGCAAGGUUGCGCUCCACUUCCUGAGGGAGGACGAGCUGUUGGCUCGCGGCCUUGCUUUGAACGAGCUGGAUUGA